UUGAAGUUGUAUUCCAUUUCCUGCUAUCUCUGUCAUAGACCUCAGUCCCCUAAUCGAGAUCUGUUGAACUGAGGAACGCGAGGUAACUCGUUAAGAUACAAAUGACUGUUACUGUCCGUCAGAGAUGCAGUGUGGACUUAUAACUUUUGUCAAUGAGUAAGUGUUUGUCUCUUAGCUACCACUACUGUCAUGUGCAAGUUACGUUGUAGACCGAACUUCAAAGUCACAUUUUAGGUAGGUAGACGCAAAAAUGCCACUGCAAGAGGCCACGGAGAAGGAGUCGUUGAAUUUUAAUCAACUGUGCACGUUUGAGAGCUUCGAGGAAGUUUGGAGUCAUUACGGUUAUAAAAAUGACUUCAAAGACGUAAUAGAACGGGAGUUCUCAAGGACUAAAGGCAUUACAUACCUGGAUCAUGCUGGAACAACGCUAUACCCUGAGUCACUGGUGAGAGAAUUCUAUCAGGAUAUCUCCAGGAAUGUAUAUGGCAACCCUCACAGCCAUAACCCCAGCAGUAGACUGACGCAUGACACAGUAGAGAAUGUCAGAUACAGGAUAUUGCAGCAUUUUAACACCACUCCUGACAAAUACUCUGUGAUUUUCACCUCUGGCUGUACGGCAGCUCUCAAAUUAGUCGCUGAGAGCUUUCCCUGGAGGCCUCCCACUGCUACGGAGCCAGCCAGUCAGUUCUGCUAUCUGACUGAUAACCAUACCUCGGUGGUCGGCAUCAGAGGAGUUACUUCAGCACUGGGAGUGGUUUCUCUACCUGUCUCCCCCGAGGAGAUAGAGGCCAGAGCCAGAGAUGUAGCCCAGAGUGAAUGCAGCAGUUGCCAGACACCACACCUCUUCUGUUAUCCAGCACAGAGCAAUUUCUCUGGCAGAAAGUACUCCCUGGGUUACGUGAGGGGCAUCCAGGCGAGGAAGCUCUACCCAGCGUGUGACAGCCACGGCCGGUGGUUUGUCCUGCUGGAUGCUGCCUCUUUUGCCAGCUGCUCUCCUCUGGAUUUGCAGGAGCACCCAGCGGACUUUGUUCCCUUCUCCUUCUAUAAGAUGUUUGGCUUCCCCACAGGUUUAGGGGCUCUUCUGGUCCGGAAUGACACAGCUUCCCUCCUAAGAAAAGCAUACUUUGGUGGGGGGACAGCAGCGGCCUACCUAGCGGGGGAGAACUAUUACGUGCCAACAUCCAAUAUGGCUAACCGGUUUGAAGAUGGCACCAUCGCUUUCCUGGACGUCAUUGCUCUAAAUCAUAGUUUUGACACUCUACACAAACUCACAGGAGGCAUGGACAAGGUCCAGCUGCAUACAUUUGGUUUAGCACGCUAUACUUACAUGUUGCUGUCUAGCCUUUGCCAUGGCAACGGACAGCCAGUUGCUCAGAUAUACUCCGACAGCGAGUUUGAGAACCCGAGCACGCAGGGAGCCAUCCUCAACUUCAACUUGACGGACUGUCACGGACAAAUAGUUGGAUACUCUCAGGUGGACAAGCUGGCUAGUCUUUUCAAUAUCCAUGUGCGGACAGGUUGCUUCUGCAACACCGGUGCCUGUCAGCUCUUCCUUGGCACCACCAAUCAAGACGUGAAGAGCAACCUACAGGCGGGUCAUGUCUGUGGAGACGACGUAGACCUGGUUGAUGGUCGUCCAACAGGAUCUGUACGCGUAUCCUUCGGCUACAUGUCAACCUUCCGGGACUGCCAAAACUUGUUGAACUUCAUCGUGGACUGCUUUGUGGAGAAACCAGUCGAAGUGGACCAAGUGAAACUAGACAGACUGAAAUCGAACACCUCUUCUCGAGGUUCCAGUCAGUGUCUGCUUACUGUGCUUACCAAUGGGGAAACUAAACACAUAGACAAUAGAGAGCAUGCCUCUACAGAUCCAAUUGUGAACGAAUGUGGAGGCAAGGCCAUCACCAAGGAAGCAAAGAGCCAAGGGAAGGCCCAGUAUCUGACUAAUAUAUACAUAUAUCCAAUCAAAUCCUGUGCAGCGUUUGAGGUGACUGACUGGCCAGUGUGCCCUCUGGGACUGCUCCAUGACCGGGGCUGGAUGGUGGUGAAUGGUAAUGGAGUGUGUCUGAACCAAAAGAGAGAACCACGCUUAUGCCUCAUUCAUCCACAGAUCUACUUGCCCUCGAACACACUGCUCCUGCAGGCAUCAGGAAUGGACACAAUUUCUGUCCCUUUGGAAAACCACAAUGAGCCCCACCAGAUUCAUGGUGUGUGUCAAAGCAAGUUGUGUGGUGACCGGGUGCAAACAGUAGAUUGUGGCGAUGAAGCUGCAUCAUGGCUCUCAGAGUUUCUUGGACAGCCUUGUCGUCUGAUAAGGCAAAGUCCUGAUUUCAUUCGCAACAUGAAAAAGGGCCAUGAAAAAGGGGUCUCGUCCACUGCCCUCUCCUUGGUGAAUGAAGCCCAGUACUUAAUGAUCAACCAUGCCAGUGUUGAUUUGCUUCAGAGACACAUCACCAGCAGACAGGAAUCCUCUGACCAUCAGCCUCUUGACAUCCAUGAGCUUGUUAGUCGGUUUCGUGCCAAUUUAGUCAUCUCUGGAUUGGAGCCAUUUGAGGAAGAUGAUUGGUCACACUUGAUUAUUGGAAAUACCCAUUUCCAAGUGGCAGGUCGGUGUGGCAGAUGCCAGAUGAUUGGGGUUGAUCAGAACACAGGAGCCAAGACCAAAGAGCCUCUUCUGUCUCUCUCUGCCUAUCGCAAGGGGAAGGUGACCUUUGGUGUGUACCUUGUCCACCAAUCACUGGAUGGCUCUAAUGCAACCCUAUCUGUUGGCGCUGCUGUAAUGUCUCAAUGGUCAGGAUAAGGUUACCAUUUCCAGAUGUUUUUAUAUGUCUGAACUCAAAAUUAUUUUAAGCAAACAUAGUUAGGUUACCAUUUUAACUUAAGUGUUUGCAUAUUGUAGGAAGACAACCCAGGUAAUCACAGAGCUCAUACAGACCAACAUGUAAAUCAAUUACUGGACCUUUUAGUUUACAUGAUUUUAAUGUUUUGUAAAUUAACAAAAGAAAAUACAGUUUCUGUUGUCUUUGAAUAACUGAUUUGGUUGACUUCUUUUUUUAUGUAUAAAUUGAGUGUUUGCCCUCCCAAAGAAUGUUUUUUAUCUUUACCAGGGUGCCAACUUAAAAAAGCAUUCACACCGUUCUCAAUCAUGUUGCAUCCCCUCUGUUCCUGAACCCAGUUAGAAAGACUGGGGACUUGCCUUAAAAUAAUUUGUAUUAAAUUCAUCGGAGAACAUUAAAGUAAUGCCUUCCCUUUUUUUUUGAAAGUUCCACCAUAAGCAUCUUGCUCCUGACCUAGGAUUAUGAUGGGGUUUCCAUUCACCACACUCCCCGCAGUGUAUCCCAGCUUCCUUGCACUUGCCUUCCCAUUGAUCCAAACCUGACUGAGUCCGUUGUGGAGUGUCCCAGCUCCCACACGGAGACAUCCACAUAUUCUGCUUGCCUGACAGCCCUGUGAAUGCACUUCCCACAUAUCUGACAGGUAGCUGCAUGCCACCAUUGGACUCUUUGAACAAUUGAAAGUCAUUGGUGCUUGUUGGAGUUGCACCCAAUCGAACAUUUCUAGAGAGACCUGAAAAUACCUGUACAGCGACGCACCCCAUCCAACCCGACAGAGCUUGAGACAAUCUGCAGAGAAGAAUGGGAGAAACUCUCCAAUGACAGGUGUGCCAAGCUUGUAGCGUCAUACCCAAGAAGACUUGAGGCUGCAAUUGCUGCCAAAGGUGCUUCAACAAAGUACUGUGUAAAGGGUCUGAAUACUUACUUGUAAAUGUGAUAUUUCAAACUGUUUUUGUUUUUUCAUUAUGGGGUAUCGUGUGGAAGUUGAGGAAAUGCACGGUAUGUUACACAAUAUAGUACUUUAAAUAUGUUAAUGUUAUAAGAAUGUGAUGAUAUGUUGCCAACCUUGUUGGUUUUGCGAGAUGUAGCUUAGGGGAUGAAGCUUAGAGGAUCCCUUCUCCUGUUAUUUAAAUACUCAUCAUCAUUCAGUGCAUAACAACAUGCAAGAGAGUAGCCUUGAUUGUAAAAAGCCCCUGGCUGGCAGAAUUUACAUUUAGCUGGUUGUGCGCUUUCACACAAAUAGUGUGAUUUGAGCCCGCGUCUAAAAAUGAUGGUCAAGAAAUAGUUUUCUGACUUCCCCAUGACCAUUAACCAUGCUACAGUAGGAGUUCUAAUGUAUCUGCAAUUGUAUGGUGGUCUUUUUCUGACAUUUGCUGGAUCAGGUUUUUGACCAUAGAAUAGAACAGAAUAGAGAUUAGUCAAGUUUUAAUCUUGCUUAUCCUUGAAAACAAAUAUUGAGACAUUUGGUCAGAUGCUCGUAGUGUAUCCACGAGAGAUUGGUAAAGUAUUAUAUUCUAGUGGAUUCUAUUAUUUUAUUCUAUAUAAGCACAUACAAAACAGAACAUAGUACUAGUGUAGGUCUACAUCAUAGCCCUAUACUGUAGGUAGCCAACUGAAUUGUAUAUGUGCCAUGUGAAAAGAUCCCUCUAACAAAAUUAUUUUAAAUCCCCAUCUCGUGUACAAACUGAAGUAUGCAAUAGGCCUUUGUGCUUUGGGAUUGUGUUCAAUGAAAGACUGUGUUCCUUACUUUCAAUGA